CACCAUUAAGCCUGGUAAUUGCACCAAGUGCACCAAUAGUCUAGCUGAAGUUUAGGAGGUGUGAUUUGCACCAAAUUGUGUAAAAGCAAGUAAAACUUUUAGUUAACUAUUUUAUUAAUAAUAAAAACAUAAUUUUUUUAUUAAUUCACUUGUAAUUUCUAUUUAGUCUGGUAAUCUAGGCCUACAUUACAGCUUUCAAGCUCAUGCUACAACUGUGAAUGAAAGACCAAGGCAGGUAAAUGUAUAAUGUUAUAUACUAUUUCCAUGCACACUGAUCAUAAAAUAACUGAGCAAGUUUAGACUUUAAUAGACCUUAUGCAUAAUGACGUCACAAGGCUUGAUGCCCGCGAGGAACGCUGGUCUUAGUAGUCGCCUGGGAAAAUUAAACGAUUCAAAAUGGCACUAUCAAAAUUUUCCCAGGUGAUGACUACUAAUCCAGCAUUGCUUGUGGGCAUCAAGCCUUGUGACGUCGUUAUGCAUAUAAGGUCUAUUAACUUAAAUUAAUAACCGUGUAGGAUUUUAGGGUUUUUACUUUUUAGAGAGUUUUUUUACUUUUUAAUACCAAUUUUUAUGAAAUUUUUCCAAGCCAAACCAUUGCAUGCAAAAACAAACCAAAUUUGAGAAAUUUGGCUUGAAAAAGCCAAAUGGCAAUGCCUGGUUUCAAGUGCGAUAAUUGUAAAAAAAAAUCAUGCACAAGUUCAUAAUUUCAAAGGUCUUUCAAAUUUUCUGAGUCGUGAAAGAGGAAUUUAAUUUAAGGGCUUUGAAAAAGGCAUGAGUGCAGACUGACUGUCUGUGUAUUAAUAUAUGAAAAUAACCAUCAUCAAACCGUUUUGUGUAAUGCUGUAACAUUCAACAAUUAUAAAAGUUAUUUCUGUUCAACUUUGAAAGAUAUAUUAUUAAAAGCUUGCACUGAAUUACAUUUUUGGCACAAUGUUAAAAUUUCAGUCAAUCAGGAUUGAUAUUUUUUAUCAUGCAUAUUGUUUAUGUCGCUGUAUUGUACUCUUGGUAGUAACAUCAUUACUUUGAAAACGUAUAUAACAUUCAAUGGCCCUAAAAGAAAGAUGCGAAUGAGACCAGAGGUCCAAGCGAACAGAAGCGAAUGGUGAAUAUUACGAUUACAAUUUAGGUCUCAUCCAGGUUUCGCAUUGUCGCAACACAUCAUCACUUGCCUCUAUUUAAGCGAUCUACUCCAAAGUUUAUUCGAUGACCAAUAGCAAAAGCACUUAUUCCAAGCUCAGGUGAUUAGGCAAUAAUUUUUCACGUUCAUUCCUAUAUAGUAAUAUCGUUUUAGAAUUCUGGAGAAAAGAGAAGCGCAGCAGAAAAUGAUUACUUGAUAAUGCCUUCUGUUUCAAAUCCAAUCGUUCAUCGUUCAGCGAGAUUUCGAAUAUCCCCGAGUACAGAAAAUGGUAGGUAUAUUGAUUUAUACUUAGGCCAAAUAAUCGAAAAUAAAAAAAAACUCGGUUAGCGUCACCGCCCGCCUCUCGAUUUCUGCCGCCUCUGAAUUUUUAAUUUUUUUUUAUGUAAAUCUCUUCGUUUUACAGCUUAAAACAGUUUAAUAUUUGAAAUUUUUCUCAUGCUCAGACCUUCGCGCUAUAUACUGAUCGAUAGGAGCUCGUGGGCUUGGGUAUACAAGGUUCGUAUAGCAAAAUGGCGGCCUUCGCAACAUCAGUACAAAAAAUAUCACCGAUAUAGUGGAAAAACCGCCCCCAUCCGCCCAAAAAAUACUAUUAAAAAUUUAAAAAAACGAGUAAAAAUUUAAAAAAAAGCGCCCUUUCGCCUCUGAAAAUUUGUGAGAGUGUGACGCUAACCAAGUAUUUUUUUUAUUUGGCCUUAACUGACCGCACUGUGUAUGGGCCAGGUUUGAGCUAAGCCUAAACUCCUGCUCGAGACGUUCAUUGGAUUCAGGGGUCCGAGACGUCCAGUGUGAGAAUUACUGAUAUAUGAAAAGCUUAAUUUUUCAUUUCCUCUGAGGAUGAUUCUGGAAUAUAAUUGAAAAACUCUGCGCUGAGUGGUUAUAUUACUACCUUAAAAAAACAAGCAGAAACUCGACGUUUCGAGCGAAGACCCUUCGUCAAGAGUUAGUAGCAGAUAGAAACAACAAAAUAAUACACCUUUCCCCUUUUGAGUGAAAUUUUGAUCUAGACAAGUCUGGACAAAAAUUUCAUCACAGCUUGAAGAGCAUCACAAAAUUAGUAAUAUCCCGAAGUUUCGUUGCGAAGUGUUGUAAAAUGCGGAUAAUAUAGCACUGCGAAGUUUGCCGUUUUUCAGUCAUUUUGCAUUACAAACGGGAAAUUGGUAAUCAGAUGAUCAAACCGAUUACCAAUUUCCCAUUUGUAAUACAAAAUGACUGAAAAACGGCAAACUUCGUAAGAAUAUUACUAAUUUUGUGAUGCUCUUUCAAGCUGUGAUGAAAUUUUUGUCCAGGCUUGUCUAGAUCAAAAUUUCACUCAUAAGGGGAAAGGUCUAUUGUCGCAUUAUCGCAACACAUCAUCACUUGCCUCUUCUGCGUCGGUUAUUGGCCUUGAGUUCCGUUAGGAUAAGUGUGCUACACUAUCAUUCGUCAACCGUAAAGGUGAACCUGCUCGUGUGGACCGCAACAUAUUCCGUAUCCAGGAUCAAUACAUCCCAUUUAAGUUUAAGCCUGGAUUCCAUAUGAUCGUUACAAUCGCUGCAAUCAUUACGAUCGCUAUAACAAUUUACCAGUAACCGUAACGAUCGCGGUUCGUUCAUUUCCAUAUCAUCGCUUCACUUUUUGCGCACAUAUGAUGUGAGAGAGUUGGGGAAACGUUUAUGGCGCGAAAGUUUAAAAAUGGCAGCAAUAAACGAGCGUUUGUUAUUGGAAGCUUGGUUCCUCAACAUAUUGGAAAUUUUUAGACGACGACGACAGAGAGUUUUAACGUCCCCAAUCCCGAACAAAAUCCCGAAAAAAUUCCAUGGAAUUUUUGAAAUUCAAAAAUCUCGUACACGUUUUUGAAUGAUACAGUACAUGUCAGAAACUAUUUUGUGCAUUUAAAUUGUUAAAUCGGAUACCAGCCAGCAAUCCGUACCUUGAUCAGUUUUAAUCAGUUUUAACUGAUCGAGCAGGUACGGAUUGGUGGCUGGUAUCCGAUUUACGAAACUGAAUAUAAGGAACAACAAAAAAUUCUGUUUGAAGUUUUAAAAAACUUCAAACAGAAUUUUUUGUUGUUUAAUUUUGUUCCGUCAAUUUAACAAUAGGGGUGAAAGGGCGACCCCUCCUGUACGACACUUGAAAAUUUCCAUUCGUUGUGGGUAAAUAUCAAGCACGCAAUGACGCGAGAUGGUGCGAGCAACUGCUCACGUCAGGUCAUUUUGGAAGUUGUCACAUUUUGUUAAUCAGUUUCUGCGACCUGCGCGUAAAAUUGGUCACACGGUUUUGUUCGCGUUUGUUGAGCAGGGUUUUUGUGAUAACUAUAUCGAGCCACCUUAAAUGUUUUGUGAUUGGCUUACGCGAACAAAACUCAACUUCAGGCGCAUAGACUCAGGUUAUAUAAUGUAAAUACGCCUGCGGGAUGAAAACAUAGGGCUUAAUGAGUCUUUGAGUUGAGUUUAAGAGUAUAAUGUAUAUAAUUGGUUCACUUUAUCCUGAUCCCAUUCUCCCACAAUAAUUUGAUGUGUGUUUUACUUAUUUUCAGGCUGCGGUUCUUCCACAUAUAACGUGCGUGAAUCAUUAAUGUGUUGCAUUGUUAUAAUCAACCAAUCACAGAACCCGUUCAUAUAUAGUGAUGGCGACCCAUCGUUGAUGGAAAUUUUCAUUGUUUCCUCACUUUUUAGAUAAAUUCAAUUGCGAUUAGUGAGAUUGACGAAAUGUGUUAUAGUGCAUGUGUAGUUGUGAUUCUGUUUCUCCUGCUGUACAAACUGUUCCAGUGAUCCAGUCCGAGGCAAAGCCUUGAAAUUCCCUCCAGUCUUCAUGAUCGGAUUUGAAAUAUUCCACAUAUUAAAAUUUUAUUUACAGCAAACUCUCCGAAUUUAAUUACAUUUUUUUUCUCAUUAGAGUACGGUCUAAAAUAGCGUUUUGUACCGAUUUUUAUUAGUACCGAUAUUGACUUUUUAGAAAGUAAAUGCAGUGGAAAGCUGCAGUAUAAUGCGACUAAUGCGUCAUUUAAGACCAAUUAUAGUGGACAUUCUAUUCAUUUUUCUCCCUGAUUUUAGAAUCUACUAAUGUUCAGAGCUCGGAAGCUCCGGAGCUUGUACGUCAGAAUACACAGACAUUUCAUGACCUUAAUAAAGUACAACGUCAGAUCUUGCACCCUGUUCCCGCCAGUAUGACAGACAGUUUCUCAUUGGCUGCCAGUAUCAAGCAUAAAGACAGUGGUGUGAGGUUACCAGCACGAACUAAUAAUAACACUACUUCAGCCAAUAAUCAAGACAAACAUUUUAGUGAUUUACAACUGCCAGGUACUGUCAAUUUUUAGUGCAUUUCAUUUAUCUAUGUGUGCUUUAAUUGAUAAUCCUAGGCACACUGAAAUCUU